AUGAAGUCAGCUUUGCUGACACUCGCGUGUGUAGUGUAUGCAGGAGCCCUUCAAUAUCAACCGCAUGGAACGACAGUUCAAUCGGUGACUGGUUUGGAUGAUGCUCAAAAUGCUUACACCGUUGUAGGAAGUUAUGGGACCGAUGUAGGUUAUGACACUAACUACGGCACUAAAUACACCAAUGUGAUAGAUCUCUUGCCCGACUACGGCAGUGAGUACAGUUCAGAUUACGAUACCAGCGACACAUAUGAUAGUGCAUCAGACUACGGGAGUUCUAGUGACUACGAGCUCAUCGAUGACACCUACACUCCCUCCUACGACACGUACAGCGCGUCAUCUUCUACCACCGAUGAUGACUAUGAAGUGAUCACGUACCAACCAGAAGAUAAGUACGGUACCUACACCAAGUAUGAUUCCUACGGAACUGAUUUGAGUAAUGGUUAUGGUACAUACAAUACAUACGAUAGUGACUAUUCCGAUGGCACCGACUACGGCGUGGGAGAUUACGGAUCAGACUACCAGACGACACUACCCAAUCAAGACUAUUACGAUGUGGAUGAGUCAACGAAUUAUGACAAUCCGAGUACCUCUUAUGAUGAUUACGAUUAUGACAAUUAUCAGCCAUACGUAGAGUAUUACGACGACACAAGUGACAACUAUGAGAGUGAGGACAGUGAUCCUUACACGGACUACAAUCGCCAUGAGGACACCAACAACCACGACACAGUUGUUUAUGAGAUGCACAACGCACCAGUGGCCACCAGUGAACCAAUUGCCAAAAGGCAGCCCAGGCAACACCGCGCAAUGAAAUCGCAUAACCGAGUGCAUGGCCACAACGAACAGGCUGUGGUGUACAAACCCCGAUCACCGUGGAAAACGCAUCAUCUGCCCUUCGCACCAAACGAUGACGGAGAUAAAUACAACUCCCAUGCGCACAAUCUGAAUGGCUACGAAGGAGUGGACAACAAAGCGAGCAUACACGGGCUCCGCAAACCUAUCCCUGUUCGUAUUAAACAGAAUAUUAAACAGAAGAGAAUGAUAUACCAUGAUAAGUAUGAAAAAGAAUUGCUUGAUCAUGAUGGACAUAAGUCAACUUACGGUCGAGAUGGGCCUAAACUUUUCGACAGGCAUGCAGCCAGCAGAUACAACGACGUCAAGUACCAGUCUGAAUAUGGGCCACGCAAACACAGAACAAUGGGCUAUGGUGCAAAUAAAUAUGACACGCACGUUAACCUCUAUGACAUUCACCCAGAUAUCUACGGUCCAAGGAAGCGCUUUGACAAAAUCGAUCGUUUGGAGAACCAUAGAAGACAUCUGAAAUCCAAUAGCCUUGAAAAUGGGGGACAAGUCGAAGAUGGAAGAAACGAGGUUAGUGAUGGAAAGGAAGAAACCAAUACGAAAGCGAAUGGAGGUGAUGAUGUGAAGUAUAUGCAGGACGAUAUUCAUGAUUUUGAGGCUGAUUUGAUCGCCCGGGGCAAGGUGCUCGGCUAUGGGUCAAGCAGGAAAGGGACGAAAUUUGAACAAAUUACCACAUUCCAUCAUGGCGGUUCCCUCGAUCCGUCUGGCGGGCAUAUGAAAAGGUACGGUGGCUUUAGCACGAAGGGCGCGUUGAAAAAUUACGGAGAAGAGUUUGCACACCUGAAACAUGGACUUAUUGGCAAUCUGAAGGCUUCUGGACGCUUUGACGGACUAGCGGACGACGAUGCGAAACGGCAGUUCGCUCUUACUAGGUAUGUGAAACACGGGGACGAUCAUGAGUACGGAAAACGUCGUGGCCAUGGCAACAGAAAGGGACAUGGGAAAAUCCGAUUCCGUGGCAAGUCCCAUAAAAAUGUUGAAUACUAA